AUGACUUCAAGAAUUGUUUCAAAGAUAGCAAAUGGUAUUGCAACAUCUGACGGUGCAGGUGUGAAGUUAAAGAGAAUCAUUGGUGGUUCUAUUGCAUCACUCGAUCCAUUCUUAAUGUUGGAUGAAUUUAGGAAUGAUAAUCCAAAUGAUUAUAUGGCUGGUUUUCCUGAGCACCCUCAUCGUGGAUUCGAAACAGUUACAUAUAUGAUUGAAGGUUCAUUCGAACAUAAAGAUAAUAAGGGUAAUCGUGGACUUCUUACACCUGGAAGUGUACAGUGGAUGACUGCCGGUCGUGGUAUAGUACACUCUGAGAUGCCAAAGCAAGAUAAAGGAUUAGUUUUUGGUUAUCAGUUGUGGGUUAACUUACCUGCAAAAGAUAAAAUGAUAGAACCAAGAUAUCAAGAUAUUCCACCAUCCAAGAUCCCAGUUGUCAAAGAGGUCAAUGGAAAUCAAAUCAAAGUAAUUGCUGGUAACUAUAAACAAACCAGAGGUCCUGUAGAUGGCAUCGUUACAGACCCACUUUACCUCGAUGUUACCAUCGCUUCAGCACAAUCAUUUGUCGAAGAGAUUCCAACUGAACACACAUCAUUCGCCUAUGUAUUUGAAGGAAGUGGUUUCUUUGGUCCAAAAGGAAAUAUGAAGAAAGUGGAAAAAGGUCAAAUCGCAAUUUUAGAUGCAAGUGGUGGUAAAACUCAAAUUGAGGUCACCUCUGACGGUGGUUGUCGUUUCCUUUUGGUGGCCGGCAAGCCAAUCAAAGAAAGAGUGGUUCAACAUGGUCCUUUUUGUAUAUAUUCCUCAAUUCAAGUAACUCUUCAGACAUUUAGAAUCUAUUCUCACUGUGUUGGUAUGAAUCGUGAUUGA